AUGUCAAGAAGAGUGGUUAUCACAGGAUUGGGCUGUGUAACGCCGUUGGGAAGAUCAUUAAGUGAGUCAUGGGGGAAUCUGCUCUCUUCCAAAAAUGGACUCACACCAAUCACAUCUUUGCCCAACUAUAAUGAGGACUACAAACUCAGAGAAAAAAGUAUCCCAUCAACGAUAACAGUGGGGAAGAUUCCAGAGAAUUUUCAAAACGAAAAUUCAGCCAUCAAUAAACUGCUGUUCACUAGCCAGGAUGAGAGAAGAACCUCAAGCUUUAUCAAGCUAGCACUACGUACAACUUAUGAAGCGCUUCACAAUGCUGGUCUCUUGAACCCAAAUGAUAUAACCAUCAAUACAUCUCUGUGCAAUCUGGAUCACUUUGGUUGCCUGAUAGGUUCUGGUAUAGGAUCCAUUCAAGACAUAUACCAAACUUCUCUACAAUUCCAUAACGACAAUAAAAGAAUAAAUCCAUAUUUCGUCCCUAAAAUCCUUACAAAUAUGGCAGCUGGUAAUGUUUCCAUCAAGUUUAACCUUAGAGGAUUAUCCCAUAGUGUUUCCACAGCAUGCGCAACAGGUAAUAACUCCAUUGGCGAUGCAUUCAAUUUUAUUCGGUUAGGCAUGCAAGACAUCUGUGUCGCCGGUGCAAGUGAAACGAGUUUGCAUCCGUUAAGUUUAGCAGGUUUCAUCAGAGCAAAGUCGAUUACUACAAACGGGAUCUCUAGACCCUUUGAUACACAACGUUCUGGAUUCGUACUUGGUGAAGGAUGCGGAAUGAUUGUCAUGGAAUCGCUAGAACAUGCUCAAAAGAGAAAUGCAAACAUAAUUUCUGAGCUCGUGGGCUAUGGUUUAAGCAGUGAUGCCUGCCAUAUUACCUCCCCUCCUGCUGAUGGAAAUGGUGCCAAAAGAGCAAUAGAGAUGGCUCUAAAAAUGGCUAGAUUAGAACCAACUGAUGUUGACUACGUCAAUGCACAUGCUACAUCAACUUUACUAGGCGAUAAAGCAGAGUGUCUGGCAGUAGCCUCAGCACUCUUACCAGGAAGAUCCAAAAGCAAGCCACUGUACAUAUCCAGUAACAAAGGUGCAAUUGGCCAUCUUUUAGGUGCAGCUGGCGCCGUAGAAAGUAUAUUUACAAUUUGUUCCUUGAAGGAUGAUAAGAUGCCGCAUACCUUAAACCUGGACAAUGUUCUGACUCUAGAAAAUAACGAGGCCGAUAAGCUACAUUUCAUAAGAGACAAACCUAUUGUGGGAGCUAAUCCGAAGUACGCAUUAUGCAACAGCUUCGGAUUUGGAGGAGUUAACACAUCUCUUCUCUUCAAGAAAUGGGAAGGGAGUUAA